AUAUUCGAGGAUACGCGUGUAUCGAUUGCGGCUAUUCCCAGAAAGAACGGGUGACGUAUCGCGUUCCUUCGCUCGCGUGAAUGAGCUCGCGAUUUCGCACGUUGUAGUAAAAGUAUAAUUGCAACGCGAGUUUGUCGUUCGCGCACUCGGUGACAUUGCACGCAGCAAGGUUCCAGGAGAAAGCGCUGUUUUCUUACGUUAGUCAUCGCCUUGUGGGUGGGAAGGGGAGGACUAUAAUCUCGGGGAUACAUUUCCGCGGUUCGAUAAUACGAGUGACCUUGCAGUGUCGUAAAAAAGAAUAUAUUAGAAAAGAGCGGCGUGUCAUCGCGUUCGAAAUUCAAUACAUUCAACAUUUUUACAUUUUUUGGGAGAGCUAAAACAAAACCAAAAGAUGACAACUUGGCAAGCACCUGGUGCGGGAUUCUAUCCAGGACAAGGUCCAUAUCCUCCACAAAAUCCUGGGUAUCCACCACCGCAAGAGGGCUACCCGUAUCCUCAAAAUCCAGGAUACCCACCACCUUAUACCGCUGGAAAUCCACCAGCUCCAGGAUUUAUACCUCCACCAGGUGCUCCACCCUACGGUGAAGCACCACCAAUUGGUUCAGGAUUUGGAGCGGUACCACCAGUUCACUCAGGAAUGUACGGAUCUGGAUAUGGAGAAGAUCCUCUGCAGGAUGAGGUCAAAGGAUUUGAGUUUAAUGACAAAACAAUUAGAAAUGGCUUCAUCAGGAAAGUAUACAGUAUCCUGAUGUGCCAGUUACUCAUCACACUCGGGAUGAUUUGUUUGUUCCUCUAUCAUAGACCAACACAGCUAUGGGUCAUGAGACAUACAGAAUUGUUUUGGAUCGCCUUUGCUUUAACAAUUGUCUUGCUUAUAUGUAUGGCUUGCUGUACCAAUGUAAGACGUAAGGCCCCGAUGAACUUUAUAUUCCUGUUUCUAUUUACACUGGCAGAGGCUUUCCUGCUGGCUAUAGCUGCUUCAACUUACAAGAAGGACGAAGUUAUGUUAGCUGUCGGAAUUACAGCAGCGGUUUGUCUAGGAUUAACAAUAUUUGCAUUUCAAACAAAAAUUGAUUUUACAGGGUUACACAGUGCUCUGUUUGUCGCUGUCCUGGUCUUACUUAUUUUCGGUAUAAUCGCGAUGAUCUGGCCUGGAAAAACUAUGACUUUGAUUUAUGCGUCAUGUGGUGCAUUAAUAUUCUCUUUAUAUCUGGUUUAUGACACGCAAAUGAUGAUAGGUGGAAAGCAUAAAUAUUCAGUUUCGCCGGAGGAAUAUAUCUUUGCCGCGUUGAGCUUGUAUCUAGAUGUUGUUAACAUUUUUAUCUACAUUCUGACUAUUAUUGGUGCUUCGCGAGAUUAAUUGCUGUCAAUUCUCUUUCUACUUUAACUUGUGUUAUAACUACUACAAAAUACACAACCAGCUUUUACUUAUUGCCGUCCUGCUCUGGCUCUCUGCAGUUAUCGUCCUGAGAGUGCAUCGUAGGCGAGCAAAUAAUGAGAAUUAUACAUUUAAAGAAGUAUAAUAUUGGCAAGACUUUAAUUUCUAUGGACAGACAUAGCUUUUACAAAUUUUCGAAGAUUAAUGUGUAUGUACAAACAGCACGCUUGGAUUUCAAAGUCUCCUGUCUAGUUCUAUAAGGCAUAAUAUAACAAAGUGUUUCCUAUUGCCUUAUUGGGUAUGACACCAAAUUCUUAUUAAUUGC